UUGGGGAUUACUUCUUUGGCUCGACACCUGUCUGUUUAAACCGCCAUUAAACACAAGAAGAAGAAGAAGGAAGUCCCAGCCGCGGACUUUGUCUGAUGACGCUGACAGCUCUUUGACAGGUUACCGUUCUAUUAUAAUGGAUACCAUUUAGCUGGAAUGACGCGGGUGGAACUUGGAAACGCUCAUCUGGACAUCUAAAAGUUGCAUUUGUCUGCAACGGAAGGGACGUUUUGUGCCAUCUAUGCCAGCCAGAAUCAGCUUCUCACUAUAGGUUUUUUUUUUUUUUCUAGAUAAAGGAGUAGACCUUUCCACAGCAUGUGCUGGUGUUUGCCUGUUAUCACGGGCUUUGUGUUAGUAGGCGUCCCAUACAUAGUUUGCUUUGUGGCCCAGUGGAUCUUUGGCCUGCCAGACAAGCCAGGUUUUAGAAAGUACAUAGAAGCUCUAAAUCCAAGGCGCAUAUACCGUUUGACCUUUGUCACCAUGGAUCUUCUUAAAUACUUUUAUUACCUUAGACUGUACUAUCAGAUUAAGUCAUGGUAUAGAAACGAAAAUAACAGUCAGCAUCACAAGAAGGGGAUAGUUUAUGGCCGCAGAGGCAACAAGCUGGACUAUUACUAUGCUCCUAGAAGAAAUAAAUACAGGAAUGGGCUUCCCCCUCUGGUGGUGUUUGUCUACGGCGGUGCAUGGAGCACUGGACACAGAUCCACUUACUGUUUACUGGCGAGACAGAUGGCUGAAAACAUGAAUGUGGCUGUUGUUUGUCCUGAUUACUCCACUUAUCCAAAGGGGAAUGUUCUAAUGAUGGUCCAAGAUGUUGUUGACUGUUUGGUUUGGGCCCAAGUGAAUGCGCCGACAUUUGUCUUUAACAAAGAUCAGAUUGUUUUAGUUGGCCAUUCAGCGGGUGCUCAUUUGGCAACCCUGGCCACCCUACUUCUUCUUGAUACACGAGAGGAGCUGCUGAUAGAGCCAAAGCUACAGCAGGAGAUUCUACAUUCAUUAAGGGGAGUUAUUGGGAUGAGUGGCGUCUACAGCAUCAUGGACCAUUAUAAACAUGAGCAGAGGAGAGGAAUUGAAUUUAUUUCUUGCAUGUCAAGAGCCAUGAAUGGGGAGGAAAACUUUCCCCCGUACUCACCUAUGCACAUAGUAAAGAACAUUAGCGCUGACAAGCUGAGGAGAGCGCCCCGGUUCGUUUUGCUUCACGGGGGUUGUGACAUCGUCGUUCCGGCCGACUCUUCCACAAAGUUCUAUAAGCUCCUCUCCUCUCUCUCUGUAAAGGUGUCUCUCCACCUGCUUCCUGCUGUCAGUCACACUGACAUUGUCACUGACCUCAUGCUACCAAGUAGACGCUUUUACGAUCCGCUCUUCGUAUGUCUCCAUUCGCAGUUCUUGGAAAUCCUGAGAAACUUUUGACAGCCUGUGUGUUUAGUGUCGAGGUUUACAAUCAUCAGCCAACGAGUCCAUAAAUAUCUGUAAUAUGCACUUAACUAACACAAAACACAAAGAUUAACAUUGUAUUUGAACAUUUGAUGAUGUUUAACGUGUAAACUACCGUAAAUAAAAUAUUUUGAAUUAUUUAGCUGCCAUCUAAAUAGGGGCUUAAACAAUUAAUCAAAUUAUACUUGAUUAUUCAAUUAUUGAAGUUAUUGUCAACUAAUUUAGAUAUCGAUUAAUCAUUAGAUGGAUUAUGGAGAUUAAAAAAUAAGCCUUUAGCUGGAAGAACAACCU